UAUUUACAUAUAUACAUAGAGAGACAGAGACAGACAGAGAGAGAGGGAGAAAACGAAGGAGAAGGGGAGAGAUUUGUAAUGGGAAGGAAAAUAGAAAAAUAAAAAAAAAAAGACAACAGGGAGCUUCCUCGUGAUCUGUGCAGAGUCUUACGUGAAAACCCAGAUUGCCUUAAAGCCCUCUUUUAAAGCCUUUGGAGAAAGUUUUUGUUCCUUGUUUUUUGGUCUUCUUCUUCCUUCGACACCCAAUUGUUGUUCCCAUUCUUUAGAAAGCUUAGUUCCUUUUGGAGGAGGAGGAAAAGAAAAUUUGUUUUUGGAGGAAAAAACAGAAAGAAGGAAAGGACUUUUGGGACUCUGGGGAAAUGAUGUUGUGAUGUUUUCCUUUUUGGGAAAUUUGUUUCCUUCAGCUUUUGUAUGAAGAAAAAGCUUCAUUCAAAGGGUUGUUGAGCUGUCAUAGCUUAAGCUUUUUAUUCAAUGGGGAAAAAUUUGUGACGAUAAUGGAUCCUCAGGCUUUCAUCAGGUUGUCAAUAGGCUCACUGGGUCUGAGGAUUCCUGGAUCAGCCCUGAAUUCUUCAAAAGCUGGAAUUCAUGCAUUCUCUUCCCCAUUUUCCUGUGAGAUACGACUCCGAGGUUUCCCUGUGCAAACAACAUCGAUUCCCUUAGUAUCCUCACCUGAAGCUACACCUGAUAUUCACAGCAUUGCCUCUAGCUUUUAUCUAGAAGACUCUGAUGUGAAGGCUUUGCUGACACCUGGCUGUUUCUACAACCCCCAUGCAUAUCUGGAGAUUUCUGUUUUCACGGGGAGGAAGGGGUCACAUUGUGGUGUUGGAGUCAAGAGACAGCAGAUUGGAACAUUCAAGUUAGAGGUGGGUCCUGAAUGGGGUGAAGGAAAGCCAGUAAUUCUUUUCAAUGGAUGGAUUGGCAUCGGCAAAAACAAGCAUGAGAAUGGAAAACCCGGAGCAGAACUUCAUUUGAGAGUAAAACUGGAUCCUGAUCCAAGAUAUGUAUUCCAGUUUGAAGAUGUGACCAUGCUGAGUCCUCAGAUAGUACAGCUUCAAGGCUCCAUCAAACAACCAAUUUUCAGUUGCAAAUUUAGUCGAGACAGGGUAGCACAAGUGGACCCAUUAAGCACUUACUGGUCAGGUUCUGCUGACAGUUUAGACAUAGAGACAGAGAGAAGAGAGAGGAAAGGAUGGAAGGUGAAGAUACACGAUCUCUCUGGCUCAGCUGUUGCGGCAGCCUUCAUAACCACUCCCUUUGUGCCAUCAACAGGUUGUGAUUGGGUUGCCAGGUCCAACCCAGGAGCUUGGUUGAUUGUUCGUCCAGAUAUUUGCAGGCCAGAGAGCUGGUUGCCUUGGGGAAAGCUUGAGGCUUGGCGUGAGCGUGGCAUUAGAGACUCUAUAUGCUGCCGAUUUCACCUCCUGUCUGAAGCCCAAGAUGGAGCAGAGGUUCUCAUGUCGGAGAUACUUAUUAGUGCUGAAAAGGGUGGCGAAUUUUUCAUUGAUACUGACAGACAAAUGCGGCAGGCACCAACUCCAAUACCAAGUCCACAAAGCAGUGGAGACUUUUCAGCAUUAAGUCCAAUUGCUGGUGGCUUUGUAAUGAGCUGCAGAGUCCAAGGGGAAGGUAAGAGCAGCAAGCCAUUAGUGCAACUGGCCAUGCGGCAUGUGACAUGUGUGGAGGAUGCUGCCAUCUUCAUGGCACUUGCAGCAGCUGUUGACCUCAGCAUUGAGGCAUGCAAGCCUUUCCGAAGAAGGAUAAGGAGAGGGUCAGGCCAUUCUUUAUGAAAAAGAUCUUCUGGUUUCGUCUGUUCAAAAAUUGUUCAACACAUUUAUGGUGUCAGUACAGCCUACAUGACACCUAUCUAUCCAGUCUUCAAGCUGGGGCCUUUGUACAGCUGGUGAGGUUAUUCUGUUUUUCAGUUCUGAUAGGCUUGGGGGAGAUUGAAUUUUUACCUCCCUUAACCCUCACUGAAUUACCUCCUCCCUUAGGAUGAUUGGUAGAUUUCUAGCUUUAGACUUAACCAAAGUCUAGUCUGCACCUUUGGCUGUCAUUAGCGUCAUGAUGUUUUCACAGCCAAUGGUUAAAGCUUGAACCCCCGCUUCCACUGGUUAUAAUUGCCACUAUUGUGUGAAGAAACACAGGCAUUA